GCCAGCUCCGGCUGAGAGGUUGGGGCUGUGGCUGCUCGUGCCGGGUGAUGCUAGGCGGCUCCCUCCGCUGCAGGCUGUUGGGAGGUGUGGGUGGCAGUCGCGGGCAUUUCGGGGCGCGAGGUGUCUGUGAAGGUGGCGCAGCCAUGGCGGCAGGGGAGAGCAUGGCCCAGCGUAUGGUCUGGGUGGAUCUGGAGAUGACAGGAUUGGACAUUGAAAAGGACCAGAUUAUUGAGAUGGCCUGUCUGAUAACUGACUCUGAUCUCAACAUUUUGGCUGAAGGUCCUAACCUGAUAAUAAAACAGCCAGAUGAGUUACUGGACAGCAUGUCAGAUUGGUGUAAGGAGCAUCAUGGGAAGUCUGGUCUAACCAAAGCAGUGAAGGAGAGUACAAUGACAUUGCAGCAGGCAGAAUACGAGUUUCUAUCCUUUGUACGACAGCAAACUCCUCCAGGGCUCUGUCCACUUGCAGGAAAUUCAGUUCAUGCAGAUAAGAAGUUCCUGGACAAAUAUAUGCCCCAGUUCAUGAAACAUCUUCAUUAUAGAAUAAUUGAUGUGAGCACUGUUAAGGAACUGUGCAGACGCUGGUAUCCAGAAGAAUAUGAAUUUGCACCAAAGAAGGCUGCUUCUCACAGACCUGAUGGACUCCCCAAAACUCAAAAAUAUUAAAAAAAAAUCAUCCACUGAGGGUCCUUGGCCUGGAAAAGAUGAGCUUUCUGCAGAGCAAGACUUGGUCUCCUGCACAGCUCGUCUCAGUGCCUGGAGAAGGAGGAAUCUGACCUGAGGGUGCAGACACGGUAAGAAGGAAUGAGGAUUGACUCAGUCUUUUGCUGGCUCCCCCUCUCCUCUUGUGGUGAUUGAAAUUCUCCUUGAGUUAGUGAUUUUGAGGUGCUAUUUUCCUCAUCCUUAGAUGUAGAAUAUUAUUUGGAAAAGAGAUAUACACUGAAGACUGAUAGGUAAUAAUCAUAAUCUGCUAAUUUCAUCUCUCUCAGAAAAGAACUAUUAGAUGAUGAAGAUUGUCAGGGGUUUUUUUUUGAGAAUCUCCUAAAAUACCACUUUCAUGAAGUCAGUCUUUGGACAGUGAUUAAAUCAGAUUAGAUUAGAUCAAGUAUAUCCAGUUUUCUUGCCUCAUUGCUAAGUGAUACUAACUUUGCAUUUUGUCAAUAUUUUCUGUGAUAAACUGGAUCUUUGCUUCUUUGCAAAACCAAAGAGUGGUUUUGCCCAAACAAAUCAGUGUGUUAAAGAUAAUGAAUGGUAGCAAAUGAGAUGCCCCCAAAUAUGCCUCUUUGGCAUAAAGAUUAUUCUGAGCUGAUUAUUUUGAGAAACACUGGCAAAGGAGAAGCUCUGAAAACAGAGUAGAAAUUUAAGAAGGGAAGUUUACCUUAGUAGGGGGCUGGUGCCAGAAAGAGCCCUAUUACCAGAGAUUACCUUUUCAUGUGAAAAGACUUAUCUACAAGGCAGGGAAAACUUCAUUUACUGUAUAUUUCCUCUUGUCACCUUCCUGUGAUUUACCUUUUACCACUUUGAAGCUCCAGCCUCCUAUCUCUUUCCAUAGCUCAGGAUGAUAUGUAAUUGCCUGGCUGCCUUUUAAUUCUCAUAUCUUUGUGAGGGUCUCAUAUAUAUAUAAUUAAAACUUUUUUUUGUCUUCUGUUAAUCUGGCUUUUAAUACAGUAAAUCUCAGCCAGAAACUAGAAAGGUGGAGGAAAAAUUAUUUUUCCUUCUCUGCAGUCAAUUCAAUCCUCUAUUUUUAGAGAAGUAGAAAAACUGCAGUUUUAAAAUACAAAUUUGCUUACUUCUAGUCCUCAAGGUUUCCAAAAAAUUGAAGUUGUAAGCUUAAUAAGAGUGCUUUAUUAUAAUGAAUAAAAUGUUAUGA